AUGGUCAAGGCCGUCGCUGUCCUCCGUGGUGACUCCAAGGUCACGGGUAACGUCAUCUUCGAGCAGGAGUCCGAGUCCGCUCCCACCAAGGUCACCUGGGACAUCACGGGCAACGACGCCAACGCGAAGCGCGGCUUCCACAUCCACACCUUUGGCGACAACACCAACGGCUGCACCUCUGCCGGCCCUCACUUCAACCCCCACGGCAAGAAGCACGGUGCUCCCACGGACGAGGAGCGUCACGUCGGCGACCUCGGCAACGUCGAGACCGACGCCCAGGGCAACGCCAAGGGUUCCGUGUCUGACAAGCACAUCAAGCUCAUCGGCCCCCACAGCAUCAUCGGCCGCACCGUCGUCGUCCACGCCGGCACCGACGACCUCGGCAAGGGCGGCAACGAGGAGUCCCUCAAGACUGGCAACGCCGGUCCCCGUCCCGCCUGCGGCGUCAUUGGCAUCUCCAACUAG